UUCGCCUGCAUGAACGCUGCUUGGGUCAGCAGCGAGGUGGGGCCGGUGGGGCUGCUGGGGCCACCUGCCUCCUGAGCUGGCAAAGCAGACUUUCCUGUUUGGGCUGUGCAGUGCAGCCACCAUCCCUUCUGCACCCUCAGCUGCGUGCCCGCUGGGCUCCCAUCUCAGCCCACAGCAUGCCCCUGCCACACGUGCUGGCUUGACUGGAGCCUGGGUGGCAGGGAGGGGAGGCUGAUGCUGGGAAGGACACUUGUCGGUCACCCCAGAUUAGCCAUGGCAGUGGCAGCCAGGAAAGGCAGGACUACAGCCUUCCCACACACCAGCAUCACCACCACAGCUUGGCCAGGCUCCCUGGACAGCUGGCUUAGCUGGAUUCCGUUACCCAAAUGGGCUCUCAUCACUGUGGCUGUGGCAGGGGCCAUUCUCCUCCUUCUCUUCCUCAUCUGCAUCAUCAAGUGCUGCUGUACCAAGAAGAAGCCCAAGAAGAAGGAGAGAAUCGCCUUGUGCACUGUCAGCAACCCCACCACAAUCAACCUUGUCCAGCCUGAGAUGGAAGACCUGGAGCGGGAAGUAGAGCAGAAGCGGCGAGGAAAGCUGCAGUACUCCCUGGAGUACAACUCCCGCCUGCAGGAGCUGAAGGUUGGCAUGAAGCAGGCAGUUGAGCUGAAGGCCAUGGACAGCGGAGGCACAUCUGACCCAUAUGCGAUUGUCUACCUAACAUUCGAUAGGAAGAAGAGAUACGAGACCAAGGUUUACCGCAAAACCCUGAACCCCAUCUUCAACGAGAGCUUCACUUUCCAGGUACCCCAGGCUGAGGUGUCUGAAUCCACACUGGUGAUGCAGAUCUAUGACUUCAACCGGUUUUCCAAGCAUGACAUCAUUGGUGAGGUCCGGCUGCCCCUGGCCAGUGUCGACCUGCAGCAUGUCAUUGAGCAAUGGAGUGACCUGGUGGUGGCCAGUAAAGUGGAGGAAGAGCAUCUGGGUGAGAUCUGCUUCUCGCUGCGCUACGUCCCCAGCACUGGCAAGCUGACUGUGCUCAUCCUGGAAGCCAAGCAGCUGAAGCGGAUGGACUCUGAUGGCCUCUCAGAUCCUUUUGUCAAGGUGCAUCUCAUACUGAACAGGAAGAAAUGGAAGAAAAAAAGGACAAGUGUGAAGAAAAACACCUUAAGCCCUUACUUCAAUGAGGUGUUUGUUUUUGAGGUGCCUUUCAGUCAGAUCCAGAAUGUGGACGUGGUCAUCUCCGUCUGGGAUCAUGACAAAGUGACCAAGAAUGAGCCCAUUGGCAAACUCUUCCUGGGCUGCCGAGCCACGGGCAACCAGCUGCGGCACUGGUCCGACAUGCUGUCCAACCCACGCCGGCCCCUCGCCCAGUGGCACAUCCUGCAGCCCCCAGAGAUGGUGGACAAAGCCCUGGGACUCAAGUCCCACCUCAAGCUGCCCCUGCACUCCAGAUAGUGGGGGUCUCCUCCUCCACCCAGGGAGCAGGAUGGUGGGCUUGUGGAGGAGUGAGGGGCUUCUGCUCAGCAAGCUCUAGACAUGUUGGUCCCAGCUCAUUGUCAGUAAAGAGGGGACUGGGACUGCUUCUGGCCAAGAGAUGAUCUGGCUGCUGGUGCAGCUCGUGCUCUGUGUCACACCUGGGACAGGGCAGCUCGGCAUCCCAGGGCAAGGCUGGAGCAGAGGGUGCUAGAGGGAAUGUCAUGGGCGUAGGAGCCAGCUCAUCCCAACUGCUCGUGGGCUGGGGGCAGAAAUACACAGAGCUCCAGGCUCAUGCAAAACAGAGUCCAUUGAUAUUUAUAAAGCACAUGGUUAAUGUGCUGGUGGCAUGGAUGGGAGAUUUCUUUAGUGGUGAAUAACUUGGCAAGAAGUGUGUUCAUGUUUCCUGUGAAGGCUUUUAAACAAGACCAAGAUAUUGAAGAACGUAAGGGGCUUGAGAGAAGGAAUACAGGUGGAUGAGGAAGGUGUUGGAGAUGUUGGACUAGCUCUGUAGUGCCUCUGCAAUGUGUGCUCUGUGUCCUGGCUAGAGGCUAAAUGAGAAGCAAUGUGGCUUCACACUUAGCUCCUUCUCAGCCCAUGAUGAUUUGUGCACACUAAGAUGUGACUCAGGCUCUGGGACUCACCAGUGGCCAACCCCAUGCUCACAUGGAUGAAGAUGCACAGUGUCAGCUCCUUUCACCUCACACGGUCCUACAGGAGUGGCACAGCAAGGUUGGCACCUCUGGCACCUGCAGGUCCUGCCAGGGUGGAGGGGCUGAGGCUCUUGCUUUCACACUGUGAUCACACCACCCUGGUAAAGGCUGGCUUGCAGCCCUCACAUCACUUCUGGGCAGGUUUCAUGUUGAAUCUGGGAGGUUUUUGUGACCACAUGUCCUGCCCCACCCUGCUUUGUGGAGCCUUUGUGUUGGGGCUGCAUAAGCAAGGAUCUCUCCUACAAGGAUGAGGGCAUUGGUGUGGUGCUGCUACAUGCCCUUGAGUAUGCUGCAGUUUGGGGUGACUCCAGAGCAGCUUCUCUGAGCCAUCUGCAGGAGGAAGCUCCCUGCACUGGGAAUUCCUCCUGUUCUAAAAUCCUUCUGCUACAAGGCAGCCGCAGAACACAAGAUCUGGGCUCAUGCUGUGGAAUUUUGGCCCCAAAGAAAAAAGUCCUUUUCACCACAGGGAGCUGCAGGCUCAGUGCUAAUAGCUAUUGCCUGGACUCUGGAGGGGAGAGAGCCUGGCGCAUUAAUGAAAAGCUAUUAAUAUUAAAAAGCACUUAAUCUGUGAUUACCCAGAGCUCCACAGAGCAACUAUCCAAGAGUUAAACAAACAUGAAGCUGAGGAAGAUUAUGAAAAGUCUCGAUAGAGAUUAAUGACCUGAGCUUAACCAUAAAAAGCUGCUGCUGUGUCUGCCUCUUGAUGAAUAUUCUCCAGGCUUCGCUGUGGCUGUGAGGAGGGAAGAAAUGACAGGGUGGUUUUGAGAUGACUGUAACAAGUGAAGUGUGGCUUCUGCUGGGGAAACAGCAUCUGCUGGCAGCCGCUAAUGAGAUGGAGGUGGAAAUCAGUCACCUGAGAAAGACUUGUAGAGGGAGGUUUUAAAGCCUUCAGUUUCAACAUUAGAAUCAGCCUAGAACAGGCUGUGCAGAAGGGAACAUCUCUGAAUUGGGUUUGAGGUUCCAAAUCUAUUGCCAGGUUGGUUUUUGGUGAUGCUGUUGUGGUGAUUUAGGACCAUGCAGCAUCCAGAAAUGGCUUUUGGAACAGGCAGUUCUUAUUUUUGUGUGUGUGUGUGUGUGUGUGUGUGUGCUUUUUCCAGUCCCCCUAUUUUGAAGUCAUAGCCUUGAGGUUCACUGCAUAAUUUAUGGAGCUGGGCAUAAAAGUAUGUGCAUAUUAGUCCCAAAACAGAUGCAGUUGAAGGAGGUGCAGAGACAGCCCCUCCUUGAGAAACUUUACUUACUCCCCAUACAAGUGCCUGCCCCUUCUCUCUCCAGCUCUGGCCUUACUCAGUGCCUGGAUCGGCAGUGCGGUGCUGGGUGAGCAGAGCUGGAGAGGGAACCCAUGGUGCUUUUAGGGGAAAGGCCAGGGAAUGUGGGAGUGAGCACCCAGCUGGGCUGGCUCUGAGCAACCUGGAGUGAGCCUUUGUGCAGUAAAUCUCAGCAAACCGAGUUGUUUGUUCAGGAGGGAGAGGCGAGCAGGUGGGGAUGUCCUCCACCCAGCUCCAGUUUUUAAUGCACUGCCAAGGCUGCUUUUUCCCUCUGUCAUCAUUUCUCCUUCUCAGUAAGUCUUGUGUGCUUACAGCACGGCUUUGAGCACUCUCCUCUUCUGGCAGGAUCCUCUUAGUAUCUGCUGGCAGCUGUUUGAAGCAGGGCUGGUGGAUCUGGGCUUCAUUUCAUGCCUUAUUUCACCCUAAAUGAACACAGCCUGCUCGGGAGCCUGUUUGCAGGAAGGCAGACAGCCCUGUCUCAUGUGCAGGCCAUCUCCUUUUCACCUCCCUGUGGCCUUGGCGGGUGUGGUUGUCCCUCACCGAUCAAAGCCAGAUGUCUGAGCAUCUUCUGCCUCACCAAUGCACCUCCUGCACUCGGAGGGUGGAAGAUGCGACCCGAAGAGAAGUAAAGGAGGGGGGAAACUAGCUCCUCCUCAGCUUUUGUCUGUGCUGUGUUCCCGUGUCUGCAUCUAGAGGGCAGGGCAGUACGUGCUCUGAGCUGGGUCUCUGUGUCUUCUGGUCUGUGGUCCCCGUAAGAGUCUCACCAGCCAAGAUUUCCUCUUCUGGAGAUGGAGCCCGUGUUCAAGAAGGAGAGAAAGCAGUGAUGCUGUGCAAGCCCGCUCCCAUGGCUGCACAGCCCUUUGGUAGCCAUGUGGCAAUGCUGGAGGUGUCUGAGCGGCUUUUUCCAGGAGGCAGGAGCCAGCCCUUGCCUGAUCCUGCACCACAGGGGCAAAGAGGGUUUUGCUGGUGGUUAAGGGGGGCAAAAGCAGGUAUCCAAUCCAUCCGAGGUGCCCAGGUGGUGGCUGGGGAGUUUGUCUCUCUGCAUUUAAUUAGCAGCUUUGCAGGUCAGUGGCAGGGUAAAAAUCACAGCUUGGGCCAAGCAGAGGUCUGUUAAAAGAGACAAGAAGCACUGAAAAUUGAGGUAUUUGUUAUUAAGAUUUAUAAUCUCAAUUAUUUACAUCCAGAUCCAAGACUUCUGACCUCCAGUAGCCCCUCCCAAAGUUAAUUAUUCCCUCAUUCAGUGAUUUUUUGUUUUGCUAUUUGUCCCUGCACUCAAGGAAAUCAAAUGGGAGGGCUGCACAAGGAGAAGGCUGAGCCUCAUAUGUGCUUAUCACCAGUCGUCUGCAGUGAGACAAAAAUGAUUAUGGGCUGUCAUCGUUCGGCCUGGGUAUGGGCUGGCUGUCCUCCAGCCACAGAUUUUUUGGCUAGUCUUAGAGUUUUUGAGAGCUGGAGAGCAUCUAAGCUCUUCUCACUAGGAGCAAGCAUGCCUGCUUUAUAAAUAUUCCUUAGCUAGCAUCUUUAUGCCUUGCAAUUUUAUGGGCAAAAUGUGUACUUUUGUCAUGCAUGGGCUUAUUUUUUAAAAGCUCCUGGAUCCUUAUCCCUAGUUUCCUUUCUCUAUCCUCAUUCUCCUACCUUUUUCUCCCCCUUUUUCCUAUUCCCUUUCCCCAGCCACUUUCCCCCACUCUGACUGCUGCUGGGGCUAUUGUGGGCUCGUUCCUGCCCCUAGUUGGGCUUGUUUUGCUUCUGGAUACAGAAAUAUUGUUUGGACCACUUUACAUCUCAAUGCACCUUGCCCUGCAUGGGCAGGAAGGGAGGGGUAGAAGGCCUGGACAGUCCAGUCUGAGAAACAGGAACAAUAAUGGGUGCACAGAGGUGCUUCCCAAAGUUCCAAUUUGAACUUUGUGGGCAGAUCUGGAAAAAACAGACUUCUCAUUUCUCCAGAUUUCAGGUCUAGGUAGGAGGGAACUAAAGGAGAAGCAGCACGAGGAUUUCAUAGCUUUCAUGCUGCCGGGCAAAAAAUACUCCCUGAAGAAGUUCAGCAUUCUGGGUGAAUGGAUACCCAUCAGUGAUGACUUGUUUCAUGUCAACAGGAUGGGAAUUUCUCAACCAACUUUGCUGACUUCACAGAGAGGUGCUGAAACCCCUGCAGGCACUCAUUGCUGCUCAACUGCAGAAACAAGCACAGAGUCAGUUAGGAAGAGGAGUUUAACUGAGCUGAAGAGAGGCCUUGACCUGCAAACAACCCAACCCAUAUCAUGUUUUACGUUCUGUGAGCAGCAUCUGGGAUGAUGGUGGGUUUGCAAACGAGUGUUUCAUCACCCUGCUCGUGAACAUGGGCAUUGCAGAUGUCCUUGUCUGAGCCUGAAAAACUCCCAGUGGGAAACAGGCACUUGGAGUUGUGAAUCAGUCAUUGCUGACUUAGUAAAAGAAACACUGCCCCUUGGAAGAGCCAGUGAAGAGUCCAGUGCCCAUGAAAGAGAUGCCUGCCUGUGGAAACCAGCCUAGUUGGCAUCUGGUUUUGCCCUGGAUAGAGAGCAUUUUCCUCUUAACUUUUACAUACAAGUCAGAGCAGUUUAGACAUAGAAGCAUGAAUCUUGGCAUGAAGGUUUUAACUUAACACAGUCCAGUUAAAACAAUUGGCUUUGGUGUUCACUCUGGGUGUGACAGAGGAUGUGUUCAUACCUGCAAAGGCCUCUGCUGAAGGUUUCUCUGCUUUGGAUGCACUCAUCCCACACCAUCCCCAACUUCUGCACAUGUGCUAAACUGAGGUCUGCCUUCAUGAAAGAACAUUCAUGUCCCAGGUACUCUGUGAAUUAAUUGGCUUUGGGGAUGUUCUUGAGAGAUGCUCAGUGGGGCUGGGUGUUGAGUUUUCCUGGUGCAGCCCUCUCCUACUCUGAGCUCAUCCCCUCCAUUGCCAAACCUGAAUGAGCAGCACUUCCACAAGAGCUUCCAGAGGUCCAUCUCCUUGUAGCUGUCUUCUCCCAAGGCUUUCUCAACGUGUGCAGGUAGGUGAGGCUGCCAAGGGUCUUUGCAGCUGACAGCUUUUUUUGUAAAAUGAGGUCUCUGGGAUCACACAGCAUUUAGAAAAAGCCAGUGUGCUUGGAAUGGAUAAAUUCUGGAGAAUCAUUCCUUCCAUGGCUACUGGUUUGUAGAGCAAUUGCUGACCUUGGGGAGAGAAGAGCUUUGUGAUUUAUCAGUUUUCUUCAGCUCUGUGGCCUUUUUUUUUUUAACUAACACCAUGUUCUUGCUUUGUCUUGGCACAGAGAGCCUGAAAGACCUUUUGAGAGCAAAGACAUGUUUCAGCCAUACUCAUUUGAGCACACAGAGGUCUCAGCUUGUUCUCCAGACACGUUCUGGGUCAUACCCUGGUCUUAACCAGGCUUUGAGGAUGUGCAUACACAUGAAGGAUUGUGAUCAGGUGUUGGGUCACUUGGGUAAUCCUAUCCAGGGGCAAGCCGGGUGGAAAUUCCAGAGGGAUCACCUCCUGUACACAUUAAAUGCUGAAGGCCUGGGCACGGACCCGUGCCUGUCAGAGGUGUUCUCUUUCCAGGGGGCUGCCAACUCAGCCUGGGGUCAUGGAGGAAGGGCCACGCUGUGGAAGAGUCCAAGGCUUCUUGUCCUGGGCAGAACUGAGAAAAGCUCCUCAGAGGAGGGAGGUUUGUGCCCAGGGCUGUGCUGGGAACUGUGUGAUCCUAACCCUGGCUAUGAACACAGACUCUCCAUCACUGGAGACUGAAGCCCCUGUUUGCUACCAAGGUCAGAAGGGACUUCAUCCAGAGGAGUUUCCUGGUUUUUGCCCUCUCCCUCAAGCCUCUCUUCACCCUUUUUGUGUUUUCAUUUUGAAAUGCUACCUUUCCUCCAGGCUCCAGCUUGCAGUGAGCUGCAAACUCUUCUGGAAGGCCACACCAAAGAGUGUCCCUUUGGAGUGGAAGGGAUCAUUAAAAUGCCUUGUUUCUCUUCAAGGCCAGUGUUUAUAUCGAAAGCAGCCAUGUGUGAGUACUGUGUGUUCAUAGGGAGUUGUUCUGUUCCUACAGGCACUUGUCCAAAGUUGGUGAGUAUAAAAGUGAAGUGAAUGAAGGGUGGGGAUGUGAUGUUCAUAAUCCUGCAACACGGAAAGAUACCCUGGUCACUCUUCUUAGCACCCUCAGCAGGAGGCAAUGACUGCUUCAGCAAGAUUGGUCUGCAUGUCUCCUUGCUCAUGCAGCUGCAGAGAUGAGUCUUUGUGGUCUCACCAGACCUUUUUUAAAUACUGUUUGGCAGAUGGAAGAGGCUGAGAGCAGAGGGUCAGUCCACAACAUGGGGUCCCUAAUGCAGGCCCACAGAUCCUGUCCCACUCCUGCUCCUCCCCUGCCUUCUCCAGCAGACUCCCCUUCAAGGCCGAGCUCUCCUUUCACUUGUCCCUCUUCUUGCUGCUGUUGUGAGCCCAAUUUCAGCCUCCUGCACUACAUGUCCAAGAACUUCCUCAGGAGGAACAAGAAAAAGCUGCGUCCCAAGGAACCCACUGGUCAGAAACCUGUGUGUUCCCCUUCACAGGACCCAUCAUCACUUGGGUAACUGACUGCAUCCACCUGGGGAACAUCAGCAGUGGGCAGGGCUGUGCCUGAACAGCACUGACAGCUUCAGCAGUGACAGCUUCAGCAGUGACAGCUUCCCUGACAUGAGCUGCCUGCCCAAAGGGCAGCCUGAGUGUCAUCCCCUACCUCUGCCACAGAGAGGGUUCCACUCACACCUCAAGGCUGACAUCUGGGCUCUGCUCCAUGGGGACUGUCAGGGGCAGCCCUGUUUGUGGGACAUCAAAGUCUUGCCAGAAAAAGGGAAUUGUGUCCUCAUUUACUGCUGGGAUGGCUUCUCCCAGGGUCCUGUGUGCAUCAUUGUGUAGCUGAUAGUCAAACACAGCAUGAAGCAGCUGUCAACUCAUGAGUUUGUGAUUUAUCUGCUGAACAUGCAGAGUGUCAUCAGGACCUGCUGGUGGGUUUGGAGCCUAAGGGCGUCAACAUCAUGAGCCUGAAGCACUCCCUGUCAAGGAAGUGGACAGGGUGACUGUGUUGGUUGGCAUCUGCCCUGUACAGGAACAGCCAAAAACCUUAAUCCCAUUUCAUGGGCAAAUGAGGUGACUGUAGCUGUGGGACAUAGGACAGUACUGGCACAAAGAUGUAAAAGAGAUGGUGGAGUUCCUGGGGGUUGGUGUCAGCAGAAGCAGGGAAAUGGGGAGCUCUUUUAGGGACACACUGCAGGGGAGUGGGUAUGUCCUGGGCAGGAUGGGAGCCAUGUGCUUUGCUUUGGUGCAAUGCGAUUUUGGGAAAGCAAAGGGCAGUCAAAUACAGACAGGUUUCUCCAGUGAUCUUGCCUGAACUUUUACUGUGAUCACCAUUGCUGCUGAGUAGCAUGCUUGUGUUUUACUAACAGUGUCAUCCUUGGAAAUAAGGCAUAGCAUCAUCUGGUGUCAUAGUGCCUUCCCACUUGAUCCUUGUGGGAUGCUGAAGAGGAUGCAAGGUGUAAAGUGUAGGAGAAUGUCAUGAGGAACAGCUUGCGUGGAUUCACCAGCCUCAUCCUUCCAACACGUGGUGAUUCUGUGGAGGAUCCUGGCCCAAAAAAGCCACACCUGAGUCUCUAAAACAUUGUGCAGAACCUCCUGUGUGUGACAGAUCUCCCCUCUGUCUGACUUCACAGGAUGGUGGAAGUGCUCUGGGAAUGGUGGCCCACACCCAUGGUGCAUUUCCUCUAGCUCGUGUGGGGGGAAAUGAGGGAAGGGAACAAGGUCAGAUGCUCCAUAGGAAAGUACCCAAGUAUGAACAGUGCAUCCAUUCCUGGCCCCUGCCUAAUUACCACACCUAAUAUUCAGAGCCAAACACCUCUUUGCAGGAUGUGCCUGGAGCUUCUUUAUGUCUUCAUUGAGCUUUUCUGCAAGAAACUUGUUCUUUCAUCACUCAAACGCUUAAAUAAUUCCUUUGGAAACUUCUCUAUUUCCUAAUGCUAACCAUGGCUUUAACUUUGACACGGAUUUGUUUUUCUGUUCUUCCUUCUCCUCACUGGGUUUCUUCCUCAUGCCAUUUAAUUCUGCUGCUUCUUUCUUUUUCUUGGAGACCUGCCUUACAGUUCACCCCUGUGGAAGGCAGCUCCAUGGAAAGCCUUCUGCAGACUUGGAGACUCGACCUUCUGCUCAUCCUGUUAUCACACCUCACCAUCCACUUAUGUAUCCUACAAACACUCCUGUUGGCCAAUAUUUUGGUCAUGAGACUUCUUUCUUUGAACUUCAUUCUUCCACUAUAUCAGGCCAACACUUUCCUGCCACAAGGUGAUAACCACUCCCUUGAAAUUCUGAGCAGAUCUCUUUUGUUGUGCUGCAUGCCUGGACUCCAGGAGGUCCAGGAUGCCUUCCUCUCACAGAGCUGAAGGAAACUCCCUGCCUGCGGGGAAUUUUGAAUGGAGAACUCCCCUAGUUUUGAUUCCUCUACCAAGAGCUAAGUGGCUCAGGACUGAUGGGCCAGCAGGGGCCAGAAUGUGUAGCUGCAGCAUUCCAAAGGGACAUUUCCCAAGUGGGAUGUGUGGGUCCAAGCAGACCCAGCCUUCCCCAUGCCAGGGGUUUCUCCCUCCUCCACCCGCUACCAGGCAAACCCCUGCAAGACACCAGCCCCAUACCAAGGACUUGCUUGUCCUUCAGCAGCACCUGCAGCACUGCUUGUGUGGUGCUGAGCAUGGUGAAACAAGAAGCCUGCAGCAAGGGAUUUGCUAUCUAUAUAAUGUCUGGGAGGCGCCUGCAAAAUAUUGUCGGGGCCAUGUCUGAAUCAGCCUAAAAAACCCCGGCUGGAAGAGGAGGGAGCGCCUGGCCUGGGGGAGGAGAGCCAGAGCUGUUUGGGUCCCUGUCUCCAUGGGAUCCCCUACACACACGCUCUACAUGUGCUCUGACAAGAGCUGGGGAAUAUUUCCAGCCACGUUUCCACCUGCUUCUCCUUCAGAUCCAUGGAGAUAUUGGUCUGGGUCAUCCCACAGAGGGGAUUACCCUUCUUGCUGUCAGCAUGGGGCUGCUCCCCCAUGCUUUGCUGCCUCUACCCAGCCCCUGACUGGAUUUGGGGCUUGAGGCUACCUGCAGCAGAUCCACAGCUUGUUUAAAAAAAAAAAAAAAACCUCUGGAUUGUGUUGAAAUAUUUCACACAGGGAAGAACUACAAGUAUUUACUGUGUGAGGGAAAUAAUUGAGGUUAAAAAAGCAUGCUAGCGCUGGAUGGCUUAUGAAGGGAUUGUUCUUGCCUAUGCUGUCGGCAGUGGAUAUUUGGGAUGCAAGUUCUUUCCUCCCUUCCUGAAGGGCAGAGCUGUUCCCAAGCCCUUGAAGGCAAAUUGAGUCAUGCCCUUGUCCAUGGAUAAGCCACACUGUGUAUCCAAGGGGAAAUUUUAAUUAGAGGCCUUGCAGAUAGAUGGCUGUGUGCAGGGAGCCUGGGCUCCCCACAGAUUUGAAGCCAUAUCUAUUUUGACUGGUUGGUGGCAGGAGAAGGGAGAGGAAGGCUUCCUACUUGGCACUUCUGAGGAAAAACACCUCCCCAGCUCCUCUGGAUCCCACGGGUAGAAGAUGUUCUCCUCCUCCUCCCCACCCCUCCUUCCCUGGGGGCUGCCCUCUCCUGUUCUCCUGCUGGCCUGGCCUGCCCCAGCCAAGGGAGGUGCACAGCGGACUCUUGCACAUCAUUGGUCUGAGAAGGUCUCCAUGCCCUUAAAGAGAAGGUGGAUUUUCUGCUGAGCCAUCCGAGAAGCCCUUUUAUACCUCCUUACUCAGCCAGCUGCCUGCGGCUCGUCUGUCCAUCCCAUCCAGCCAGCACGACUCUGAUUUUCUCCAGUCUUGGGCUGACAACCAUCUAAACCAAGAUGUCUGAGUAAG